UGAAAGCUCCAGAAUGGAAAAGAAAGAAAAAGAGAAUCAAAAAAAGGAAAAGAAAAGAACAGAUUACUUUCUUCUAGGAUCAACCUCCUCUACAAAAAAACAGCUGAGAAAACAAUCAUUAAACUUAUCAACAACUUCCCACCAUAACUUCCCAAUCAAAAUUCUGUUUUCCCAAUCCUCUCUCUCUCUCUCUCUCUCUCUCUCUCUCGUCUGUUUGACAGAAUGCCUAAUCCAAGAACCUCCGUUCAAUGCCGCUGCGGAUGAUUAUCCAAGAAGCUGGCAUUAAAUUUCUGGGUUUUUUGUAUAACCAAUUGGUCGGAUCCACGUUUUAUUGGAGUACCGAAUAUGUCUUUCUACAUUGGGUUUUUCUUCGGUUUUGCUCUGGGCAUCGCAUUGAUAGUUGGCUUCGCUCGUUACGAGAACAUCCGAUCCAGGCGUCGCUCUGAUUUGGCAACAACUAUUGCGGCUUUUGCGCGUAUGACAGUUCAUGAUUCAAGAAAGAUUCUCCCAGCUGAGUUCUACCCUUCUUGGGUUGUAUUUUCACAGCGACAGAAGUUAACUUGGCUUAAUGUUCAACUUGAAAAGAUAUGGCCAUACGUCAAUGAGGCAGCAUCAGAGCUAAUACGAAGUUCUGUUGAGCCAAUUCUGGAGCAAUAUAGACCGAUUGUCUUAUCAUCUCUCAAGUUUUCAAAGUUGACUCUUGGCACUGUGGCUCCACAGUUUACAGGGGUUUCUAUAAUCGAAGGUGACGCCAAGGGAAUCACAAUGGAGUUAGAGAUGCAAUGGGAUGGGAACCCCAAUAUCGAACUUGACGUUAAAACCAAAGUUGGUGUUGGAUUACCGAUACAGGUCAAAAAUAUUGGUUUCACCGGGGUUUUCAGAUUAAUCUUCAGACCUUUGGUUGAUGAGUUUCCUUGCUUUGGGGCUGUUUGUUAUUCUUUAAGAGAAAAGAAAAACUUGGACUUUAAGCUCAAAUUUGUUGGCGGCGAAUUAUCAGCAAUUCCAGGAAUCUCUGAUGCCAUCGAGGAAACGAUAAGAGAUGCUAUUGAAGAUUCUAUUACAUGGCCCGUUAGACAAAUUAUAACCAUUUUACCAGGAGAUUACAGUGAUCUAGAGUUGAAGCCAGUCGGAACAUUAGAUGUCAAACUCAUACAAGCCAAGGGGUUAACAAAUAAAGACAUUGUCGGGAAAUCAGAUCCUUACGCAGUUCUAUUCAUACGCCCACUUCGUGACAGAAUGAAAAACAGCAAAACAAUUAACAACCAACUGAAUCCAAUCUGGAAUGAGCACUUUGAGUUCAUCGUUGAGGAUGCAUCCACGCAAUACUUGACAGUCAGAGUUUUUGAUGAUGAAGGGGUUCAAGCUUCUGAAUUCAUCGGUGUUGGUCAAGUGGCGUUGAAGGAUCUUGAGCCCGGUAAGGUAAAAGACGUGUGGUUGAAACUGGUCAAGGAUUUGGUGAUUCAGAGGGAUAAAAAAGAUAGGGGUCAGGUGCAUUUGGAGCUUUUAUAUUGUCCUUUUGGUACAGAGAGUGGGUUUAUGAAUCCCUAUGACCCCAACUUCCGGUUGACUUUACUAGAGAAGGCCCUUCAAACUGGAAUUGAUGGGACUGAAGCUGCUGAUAUUUCAAAAUCCGGAGGUCCAAAGAAAAAGGAUGUGAUUGUUAGAGGAGUUCUUUCUGUAACAGUAAUAGCCGCGGAAAACUUGCCAGCUGUAGAUAUAAUGGGAAAAUCAGAUCCCUUUGUCGUAGUCAUAAUGAAGAAAUCCGAUCAGAAAAACAAGACCCGGGUUGUGAAUAAUACCUUGAAUCCGGUUUGGAACCAAACAUUUGACUUUGUCGUCGAGGACGGCUUACAUGAAUUGCUGAUUUUGGAAGUCUGGGAUCAUGACACUUUUGGGAAGGACAAAAUGGGAAGAUGCAUCAUGACACUCACUAGGGUUAUAUUAGAAGGGGAAUUCACGGAUACUUUUACCAUAGAUGGGGCUAAAUCAGGAAAGCUACAUUUGAAUCUCAAGUGGAACCCACGGCCAAUCUUUCGGGACGAAUUACAACGGUCAUGACUGGAUUUUUUCCAUGAAUCGCGCUCAUAUUGGCCUAUUAUUAGCGAGAAUUGUUUUGAGAUUUACUUUUUAUUCUUCAAGCUGAUAUGUAAACAAAGAAGCGCGUGUUGUUGUAGAUAUACUAUGAAAUUAAAAAACAUAAGAAGAAAGAAAUACCUAUAUUACAAAGGAGAACGGUUUUACGAAAUGCCUCUCUCCCAACUGUCCUACAUUGGAAGGCUGUGAUUUGACCGUGGUUGAAUCUUUCAUUUGAUCUUAGGGUCCAGAUUCUGCCUGAGAGCAUCGGUCUUUCUACAUUUUUGGCUAAAAAGUUUGUUAAUGUAUGCAUUAGGGUAAAGUUUGUUAACUUUAUUCUUUGUAUGAGAAUGCUCAAGGGGUAAUUUAGUCCAUUUUGAAAAGUGAAGAAA